UGGCAGUCGAAACUCUUCUUGGAGCCGCUCUACAACAUGAAGGUCAUCUACGUUGCGAUCACCCUGAUCGCCACCUGUGUCUUACUGAUCAUCAUCAUCAGCGUGCUGCAGUACCUGGAAAUGCGCGCCGACCGACAGGAGCAGUUGCAGGAAUCCCAGCGGUUCCAUUUUGAUGCCAUGUGA